UUUUUUUUUUUUCUUCUCGGAGAACACCAGGGGAAAGGAGUCCGGAGAGGGAGGGAGAGAGUGCGGCAGUUGGCCAGGAGGGCCGGGGGUGGGUGGGGGGGACGCGGUCGCGGCGGUCGGUCAGCCUGCCUGCGGGGCUCCGGUUCGCGGGGAAGGCUGCUGCGCGCCCCACGACGCCGCCUCCGCCGGCCAGAGUCCGGUUCCGCGCGGCCGCCGCCGAGCGAGCUCCUCCCGCCGCCGCCGCCGCCGCCGCCGCCACCGGGCCCUCGAGCGCUCGCCGCCCUGCCCGCCCGCUCUCCCGCCCCUCGGCCCCGGGCGCCAAACGAGGAGGUGGGCAGCCCCGCCGGCCAUGGACCUCCGGAGCUGAACAGCCGCCGCGGAGCCCCUCGCCCCUCCCCAGCCCCACGCCCUCGGUGCCCUCGCUUCGCGUCGCCCUUCGCCCUGGAAAGGCGGGGGAACGAGGGGGAUUAACCCGAAGAGAGAAAGAAGGGGGUGGGGAGGGGAGAGCCCGUGUCUCCCCUGGGGCGAUCGCCCCCCGAAACCACCGCACGGCAGAACGUCCGGGGACGACUACCCAGUUGGCGCUCCCUUUUUGCCAAACCCUAAAAUGAAAGGACAAAAGUUGGCGCUGACUCUUACAGCUCGGAUGGCGACUUGUGCGUUUUCAGCGGCAUCUCCCGGAGAAAAAACCGUGCGCGCCUGAUUGUUCUGGGGCCCCAAAGCUACAGUGUGUGUGUGUGUGUGUGUGUGUGUGUGUGUGUGUGUGUGUGUGUGUUUGAGUGUGUGUCUGUGUGUACACAGACGUCCGCACACUCGCGGCCCCAGGAUCAGCGCCUGGAAGCAGACUUUUCGGCCACAGACUUGGAGAGGAGGAGCUGGAGAUCAGGAGGGCGUGAGCCGCCAGGAGUUUGCAGAAUCCGUGGUGUGAAUGAACUGGGGGCACCUGGGCGCACGGAUCACCCCCCCCCCUUUCGCCUCAGGCCAUAGUUGAGUAGUAGGGCAUUUUUUUCACCCUCUUGUGAAGAAUUUUUUUUUAUUAUUUGUUGUAAAGUCUUUUGCACAAUCACGCCCACAUUUGGGGUUGGAAAGCCCUAAUUACCGCCGUCGCUGAUGGACGUUGGAGAGGGAGCGCCUCGCCGCGGAACAGUCGCCUGCGCGCCCUCGCCGGACCCGCGGCUCCCUUGUUGCGCCCCGGCCCGGCUCCGUCUCUGCUGCGGGUCGCGGGGCUUCCGCGCCCCCUCGGAUCCCGGGCGCAUCCCAGCGCUGCUCAGACUCGGGCCCCCAGACCCGGGCUCCAGGAACCGCUUCGGCUCCGAUUCCCUGCGCCUGCGGGACGCGCCCAGUGGGAGCCCGCAGCCCUGCGUCGGAUCGUCCCCCCAGGCUUAACCGGCCGCUCCGCUUGGAUUCCUCUGCUGCCCUUGCUCUGGUGGCGACUUCCUCUUCGGGCCCCCUCCCCCUCGCCAUGAAGAAGUCCACUGGAAUAUUAAGCCCAGGAGUUGCUUUGGGGACGGCUGGGAGUGCCAUGUCUUCCAAGUUCUUCCUAAUGGCUUUGGCCAUAUUUUUCUCCUUCGCCCAGGUUGUAAUAGAAGCCAAUUCUUGGUGGUCGCUAGGUAUGAAUAACCCUGUUCAGAUGUCAGAAGUAUAUAUCAUAGGAGCACAGCCUCUCUGCAGCCAGCUGGCAGGACUCUCUCAAGGACAGAAGAAACUCUGCCACUUGUACCAGGACCACAUGCAGUACAUUGGUGAAGGCGCGAAGACGGGCAUCAAAGAAUGCCAGUAUCAGUUCCGGCAUCGGCGAUGGAACUGCAGCACUGUGGAUAACACCUCCGUGUUUGGCAGGGUUAUGCAGAUAGGCAGCCGCGAGACGGCCUUCACGUACGCGGUGAGCGCCGCGGGGGUGGUCAACGCCAUGAGCCGCGCGUGCCGCGAGGGCGAGCUGUCCACCUGCGGCUGCAGCCGCGCCGCGCGCCCCAAGGACCUGCCCAGGGACUGGCUGUGGGGCGGCUGCGGCGACAACAUCGACUACGGCUACCGCUUCGCCAAGGAGUUCGUGGACGCGCGCGAGCGGGAGCGCAUCCACGCCAAAGGCUCCUACGAGAGCGCGCGCAUCCUCAUGAACCUGCACAACAACGAGGCCGGCCGCAGGACAGUGUACAACCUGGCCGAUGUGGCCUGCAAGUGCCACGGGGUGUCCGGCUCCUGUAGCCUCAAGACGUGCUGGCUGCAGCUGGCCGACUUCCGCAAGGUGGGCGACGCCCUGAAGGAGAAGUAUGACAGCGCGGCGGCCAUGCGGCUCAACGGCCGGGGCAAGCUGGUGCAGGUGAACAGCCGCUUCAACUCGCCCACCACGCAGGACCUGGUCUACAUCGACCCCAGCCCCGACUACUGCGUGCGCAACGAGAGCACGGGCUCGCUGGGCACGCAGGGCCGCCUCUGCAACAAGACGUCCGAGGGCAUGGACGGCUGCGAGCUCAUGUGCUGCGGCCGCGGCUAUGACCAGUUCAAGACCGUGCAGACCGAGCGCUGCCACUGCAAGUUCCACUGGUGCUGCUACGUCAAGUGCAAGAAGUGCACGGAGAUAGUGGACCAGUUCGUGUGCAAAUAGUGGGCGCCUGCCGCUCGCCUGUCACCCAGCCCCGUUCCCAGGACCCACUUAUUUAUAGAAAGUACAGUGAUUCUUGUUUUUUUUAAAUAUUGUUUUAUUUUCCCCCGAGAAUUGCAACCGGAACCAUUUUUUUUUUCUGUUCCCAUCUAAGAACUCUGUGGUUUAUUAUUAAUAUUAUAAUUAUUAUUUGGCAAUAAUGGAGGGUGGGAACCAAGAAAAUAUUUAUUUUGUGGAUCUUUGAAAAGGUAAGACUUCUUUUGACGGUGGAGGAUGAGGGGGGAAAUAACACAUACCCUAACUUAGUUGUGUGCACAUCUAGAGGGUAAAGGAAAUACGUUUUCUUUUUGUCAACUGUGGGGUUGUAUAGGACAGGUAGCAUCCAGCUGGAAGGGGUUGGUCCAAGUCUACACUCCAUUUAGCCUUGAUGACCAAAAGGAAUUGUAAAUGCUCUGGUGAAAGGUCUUGAGAAACAAAUGAAACAAAAAAAAAAUGAGGCCCCCCCCCCCUUUCUCCAGGGGCUACCAGCCUGAAACAUUUUCAAAAUGGUAAUUUAAAAUAUAAGAGCGAGAAUCUCAUUUCCCGCAAAGAAAAAAGAAGUAUAUCAUGUAUCUCAUGCUUCUCAAACAUUCCAUGUGCAGAUGGUCCCAUUCUAACAGCUACUGAAACUUGGGGAGCAGGGAGGAAAGCCUCAGAAAGAAAAAAAAACUUAAAAACUCCUAUAUUAAGACUGAUUUGAAGCUGUUACAGGAAUUAGGUUAUCAGAUUGGGAAAGCAUCCCCGAAUGACUCUGGGUUGUAGACUUUUUGUUUGGAGAGGGGUGGGGGCGGUUGGCUUGAAUCUAAAGGAAAAUAUACUGUAAUUUUCUUAGGGAUACUUGGUUAAUAAAUGAUAAUAAUCAAAAUAAUAAAUGGAUUCCAUUCACAGACCUUCCGCCCAAACACCAAGGUAAUUGAAUGCAGUUCAGCGCUGCACCAGAGCAGAAAACCUGAUGGCAGGGAAGGAGUGAAACCCGCCCUCCUCCUUGACCCCAGCCCUGGCUGAGCCCUCCUUGCCCCGCUGCCCAGGUGAGGCCGGCCACGUUUCCCAAGGCAGCUCCACCGGGCCCCCUUGGAUUGCAGGACAGGAAAUGAACCAUUAGGAGCUCCACUUGGAAAACAGUUGCUACUUAGGGAUUUUUUUUUCCCCCUAAAACUUGGAUUCUGAGGAGCCGUAGUUUAUGUUUUAAUGACAUUACUUGGCUGAUGGAGUCCACAGAGAGGUGUUGCAGCGUGUCACUGUUACGAUCCUGUGUUUAGAUGCUGCAUUUGAGCUUUUCCUAUGACACUGCAGGUGAACCCUACAACUGUUCCUACUGGACUGGAGCAGAUGCAUGUAUGGAGGGGGAGAGGGAUGUGGUUUAAUGGUGCCUGAUAUCUCAAAGUCUUUUGUACAUACACACACACACACACACACACACACACACACAUAUAUAUACAUAUAUAUGUAUAUAUAAAAAUAUAAAUAUUAUUAUAUCUCGGUGCAGCCAGUGAUUUAGAAUUACACUUUCCUCUGGGGUUAUUUCUUGGUCUAGAACAUUGUUGUCCUUCGUUGUGAUUCAUUGGGAUUUUAAGAAGGGGUUUUCGAGUUGAGCAUGGGCUGUGGCCCUGAUGUGAUGCUACCUUGAGCAUCAAGAAACAGCCUGGUGCCUAAGGAAUCUGGAAGGCCUCCCUCCCUGAUAUGCCUGUUGGUUUGAAAAUUUCUUUUCUCUCCUCCCCACCUUUUCUCCAACCUCCAUUUCUGUACACUUUCCUAAGAGGGCAUUACUAGUUCAUCAUAGUCUUGGAAAUGAAGAGAGAUUUAAAACUAGGAAGCAUAGUCAUCAUUUCUCUCUCCUUAGCUCAUGAUGCAGAGUGGAAACCGGUGCCUGGUAGAUUUAGUAGUCCCUGUUUGAGUCCCUAAGGAAAAUCCAGCUCAUGACAUAUAUAACUAAUUUUUAAAAUAGGAAACCUCUUUCCACAAAGUGCCAUCCAACGUGCUCUUAUCUCAGACUUGCACGUUUGAGAAGUUUGGGAAGAUACACAUCUCCUACGGCCGUCAUGGUCCUGGUGGCCUUCGCUUCACCUCAGCCAUGCGUGGCUCUUAAUUUAUUGCACAAGGAUAUUCACUUCCCCUCAGUUGCAGUGAAUUGCAAGCAAAAGAUCUUGAAAUUAAAAAGCACUAAUUAGUUGAAAAUGUCACUUUUUUGGUUUUUAUUAUACAAAAACCAUGAAGUUUUUUUUGCUAAACCAGAUUUUGUUCCUUCUUAGUGAUUCAUGUUUAUGAAGAGAGUUGAGUUUAACAAUCCUAGUUUUAAAAAGAAACUAUUUAAUGUAAAAUAUUCUACUUGUCAUUCAGAUAUUAUGUAUAUCUUCUAUGGCCUUUAUUCUGUACUUUUAAUGUACAUAUUUCUGUCUUGCGUGAUUUGUAUAUUUCACUGGUUUAAAAAACAAACAUCAAAAGGCUUAUGCCAAAUGGAAGAUAGAAUAUAAAAUAAAAUGUUACUUGUAUAUUGGUAAGUGGCUUCAAUUGUCGUUCAGAUAAUUCAUGUGGAGAUUUUUUGAGAAACCAUGAGGGAGAGUUUAGGGUGACUACAUGUUAGCAUAACAGAAGAGCGGAGAAUUUUUUUUUUCUUUUACCCAAAACCAAACUAUUUGGAAGCUUCAAAAGAUUUCUGUAUGUAACGGAACAAAAGGGAAGUUCUCUUUUCCUAUAUAUGUUCCUCAAAAAAGCAAGCAGCUGGCGCAAAGCUGGGCAUAGGAUUGCUCGCAUUCUUUUAGCAUUAUGCAUGUAACUUAAUUGUUUUAGAGCGCGUCGCUGUUGUAGCAUCUCAGAGAACUGAAAGGCACAUGCUUUUAUCCAGGACCAGAGUUUUAGUCCCCAGAAGUGUAUCUGUGUUUACCACUGCAAGGAUUGCACCUCGCUAUUUGAAGUUACUGUGGACUGGAGUGUCUCUGUUCCCCUUUGAGAGUCAUUUCGUGAAAAGCAAGCCUCAGUCUGCAGAGAAUGAAAACUCAUGGGAAACUAAAGGCUCGUUGUGUGAAGUGCAAUUAAUACGGGUUCUCGUGCUUUCCGAAAGGGCACGCCGAAGUCUGGCCAGCGCUGCCCAGAUUGAUAUGUUAGCCCUUUGCUUUUUUUUUUUUUUUCCUUGCUUUUUUUCUGGAUAACCUUGUAACAUAUUGAAACCUUUUAAGGAUGCCAAGAAUGCAUUAUUCCACAAAAAAACAGUAGACCGACAUAUAGAGUGUUUAAAAUAGCAUUUCUGGGCAAAUUCAAACGCUUGUGGUUCUAGGACUCACAUCUGUUUCAGUUUUUCCUCAGUUGUAUAUUGACCAGUGUUCUUUAUUGCAAAAACAUAUACUUGAUUUAGGAGUGUCAGCAUAUUUUUUUCCUUCGCAUCCUGGAACGCAUUCAAGAUCUUCCCAAUACAGGAAAAUUAACAAAAAAAUUUGUGUAGAGACAGCAGCAAGCAGAGCCAUGUUCAAAACAGUAAUUAUGGACUCACGUAAGAGGAAGACUGCUUUAAGUUUUGGUUCAGUUUAUCUGUUCUGUUCGCUGCUGACCUCUUUGACGGAAUAUAUUUUAGUAGCCUACCCAAACCCUUGGCUCAGAUGAUUUUGCCAAUACCAAGUUUCAAUUUGUUUUUGCAAACCAUUUUGCAAGCCACUGGAAUGAUCCAAUAUGACACUCUCGCAGGAUAACUGUUCCAAAUGAGAGACUGGUACUGGUCGACUCCAAGAGAUCGCUAGCAAAAACAGCCCCCAAAGGCUGACUGGUUCCAAUAGAAGUAGAGAGCGACAUAGAGAAGGUCCUUGGAACUUGGAGCACGUCUGUACUGCCAAUACGCACCAAGGCAUAGGUCUAAAAUACUGCUUGAUCACUGUAAAUGGUACUUUUAAAAUAUUUAUUUUUUUAGAAAGUAUUUUUUAAUCUCCCCUCUGUCUAUGGGAUGGUGAAAAACAGAUGCCGUCUUUUGGAAGUAAGAUGAUGAAAUGAGUUUUUAAAACAGGAAACAGCAAUGCAGGAAUUACAACUUAGUAAAGGGAUCUUCUAAUUUACCUGUUCAUACAAACUUUACCCUUAAGUCUGGUAAUUGGAUGAUAUUUUAUUUCAGUGAAACCUCGUCUUGUUAGCCAACUUUUAAAAAAAAAAUGGAUAUGGAAUGAUUAAAGCUUGGGUAUGAUUUUUUUAAGACAAAAAUGUAUCAAUUUGAAUCAAGAAGAUUUAACUCAAAUGCUGUCUCAGUAUUUCAAACGCAAAAAAGGAGCGAGGAAAAUUGCAUCUGAGACCAGUUUUAUAUGCAGUGUACAAUUUGCUGGGCUAGAAAUGAGAUAAAGAUUAUUUAUUUUUGUUCAUAUCUUGUACUUUUCUAUUAAAAUCAUUUUAUGAAAUCGGC